AUGGCCGUGUACGCAUCUAAUCCCGCUGCUCGAGGGCCCUUCGCGAGCGCUGCCCCGCCAGGUAUCGUUCAACAUGCAGCACCGGCGGGCACCUUUCUUCCUGGGACAAAAGUUCAAUGCGGCACACAUCGAGUCAUCAUCGAUCGCUACUUGUCAGAAGGUGGAUUUGCGCAUGUCUAUGUUGUCACGCUUCCACGGCCAGUCGACGGCAAUGCGAAGGCAGUCCUCAAGCGGGUGGCAGUGCCCGACAAGGAGCAUCUAGCCAGUAUGCGGACCGAGGUCGAGACGAUGAAGAGACUACGCGGACACAACAAGAUCGUGAAGUAUAUCGAUUCUCAUGCAAGUCAGCUGAAAGGGGGCGGCUACGAGGUCUUCCUUCUCAUGGAGUUCUGUCAGGGCGGCGGCUUGAUCGACUUCAUGAACACGAGGUUGCAGAAUCGGUUGACGGAGCCCGAGAUAUUGAAGAUUUUCACAGACAUCGCUGAGGGCGUCGCGGCUAUGCACUAUCUGAAGCCGGUGUUGUUGCACAGGGAUCUCAAGGUUGAGAAUGUACUCAUCUCGCUCAAUGGGACCAAGAAAACGUUCAAAUUGUGUGAUUUCGGCUCUGCCGCUCUCCCGAAGCCUGCAGCAACAAACGCGGCGGAUGCGAGACUGCUUGAAGAUGACAUCCAGCGCCACACGACCAUGCAAUACCGAAGUCCUGAGAUGAUUGAUGUGUAUCGGAAAAUGCCUAUCGACGAGAAGUCGGAUAUUUGGGCCCUCGGAGUCUUCUUGUACAAGCUAUGCUACUAUACAACGCCAUUCGAAGACGUGGGACAAUCAGCCAUUCUGAAUGCGAAAUUCAAGUAUCCGGCAUAUCCGCGCUUCUCUGAUCAGCUUAAACUCCUUAUUGCGACAAUGCUCAGAGAGCGACCUGGCGAUCGGCCAAAUAUCUACCAGGUACUCCAGAAGGCGUGUCAACUCGAUGGCCGAGAGUUGCCAGUCCGAGACAUUUACGCCCACCGAAGUCAGUCAGAAAGUCGUAAGGAUACCGUCUCGCCACCUUCGAGCUCUCAAUCGAAUGUGGGCGCGACUCUUGCUCCGCCAACUCAGGCAGGGCCAAAGCAAGAAGUGCCAGAUAUUGCUCCUAUGCGAAGGGGCAGACCCACGAAACCUGUUUCUCACCACGGCUCAGCCAAGCCCAGUCCAUCGCCUUUGCGUAUGCUGGAUCACGGGCAGGCUCAACAUGAUCCUUUCGCGGCUUUGGAUGGUAAGAAGAAUGGAAGCGGAGAUGAGCUUUCUUCAAAAUUUCCCACGCUGGACGAGUUUUCCUUGAUGACAGAUGGACGCAAGCCGCAUGUCUUCGACGCCGGAGACAAGCGGGCUUCGCAGUCAGCAGACCCGAAUCUGGCUCAAAGAGUGACCAAUGCGCUCGCAGACCAAGCUUUCGCGCGAGCUCCCAGCCCACCCAAACCUGCCCGUUCAGCAGUCGUCGAGAAACCCACCACAGCAGCCAAGCCUUCGACUCUCCUAGAGAAGACCAGAUCCCUUGAGGUGCGGCCUAAAGGAAGAAUGUCACCUCCUGUGGCACAGAAGUCUUCAAUGGUCUCGACAGGAGUGAGUGCCUCUCCUCCUCCCUCUGCGACGCGACCUGUGGCAGAUAAGCCGGUCUGGAAAGUGCCUAUAGCGACGACCACAGCACGACCUGCGAGUACAGGUCAAGCUAUUCCGCCUUCGAGGGCUACUGAGCGACCAGAGCAAUCGCGGUUAGCACGUCUUCUACAGCAAGAUGCUUCGGAUUCGCAAGGUGGCAUUCUGGAGCAGCAGCCUCGAUCGCCCACCUCGUCACGACCAUCAUUGGAAGGAGGCCGGCCGAGCGCGCAAGAGAUUGAUCUUGGGUUGAGCAGAUCCAAAUCGCUGGAUAUCAGAAAGCGACCUGCGACGGUGAACUUGGGAGCCCAUCCUACACACAUCAAGGAUCGAGAAAUCAAGCGGCAUGAUUACGAGUCAAACUUUGUCAGUGCUGAACCUGAGAUCGCGGAGUCAGCUAUAGUGGAUUCUGAUGCUACCGUUGCCUCUGAUCUGGAAUGGCUACGAGCGCGAGAAGAGGAGGAGCGAGAGCGCAUGGGGCACCAUAGAAAGCACAGCAGUCAUCAGAGCAAGCGAACUAGUCUGCCACAUGCUGUGGCUUCAGGGACCAAAAACAUUCUGACCGGCCGAUUCGGAGAUGCGUUCAAGAAGUUCGAGGGUGGUCGCCACAGUCCGACCGGCGAACAUUCGCAUCACUUGCACUUCCCGCACCGUUCGUCGUCCAUAGAUCCUAAAGCAGUAGCUGCACCUGAGGUCCACGAUGCGCCGGCCAAGUACGACGAACUUGCACUGGCAGAAACAGAAACAGAGGAGCUGUCACCGGAAAUGCGACGCGAGCUAGAGAAGCUUCAACUCGAGGCCGAAGAGAAGCGAGUCGCUCAAGCAGCAGCAGCCUACCGCCAGAGAGUGGCAUCACGUGGAGGCGGUCCUGUCAAUGGCCCUGGAGUCAAUCGCGCCGCCACAAUACAAAGCAAAAUGCAGUCCCUAAUGACAGACAACAACAAACCAGCGCAAAAGACAGCCACAGGCUAUGGAAAAUACACAAACGAGGCUCAACAACCAGUGGAGCCCCGACAGGCACCUCUAUCUUCGGCAGACAGAAUCUCAUCUGCACCGCCAUCCUCGACUAAUCUCCAGUCUCAAAUCCAGCCCGGACGACUACAGCAGCAGCAAAGGCCCAAUGCGCCAUCAAAGCCUCAAGCACUGCGAAACGCACAGAUCGUGACGGGAUCGGUGAAUCAGGGGCCACCCGUCGCGGGAACGGAACAAGCAAUCAGUCCAGAAGAGUGGGAGAAGAAUUUCAGCCAGAGAUACCCGAGUUUGUCGGGACUGGAGAUGGUCGAGCGAGACAUUGACUCGUCGAAAGUGCCUGCUGCGAAGAUACGGGAGAUAUAG